CACCAGCAGCUCUCUUGAAGCCGGGAUCACAAACGGGCAUGUUCACAUUUAAUUUACUGCAAUAAAGUGAGUAUUUAUACACAUUACCUUUAAACUACGUGUGCGAGAAGGUAGCAGCUCGGUGUCUGUAACUGAUAAGAGGGAGAAUGGCGGGACUGUGGAAAUCCUACCAGGUGUUGAUGACCAAAUACCCCUGGAGUGUGCAGAUAGUGACUGCUGGGUCUCUGAUGGGCGUUGGGGACGUGAUCUCUCAGCAGCUGAUCGAGAGGAGAGGGCUCAACAACCACAACGUGCAGAGGACCGCCAAGAUGAUGAGCAUCGGCUUCAUCUUCGUGGGACCAGUCAUCGGCUCUUGGUACAAAGUCCUGGACCGCCUGGUGGUUGGAGGAACUAAAAGUGCUGCCAUGAAGAAGAUGCUGGCUGACCAGUUGUGUUUUGCCCCGUGUUUCCUCGGAGCGUUUAUCUCGAUCUCUGGCGCUCUGAACGGCCUGACGCUGGAGGACAACGUCACCAGACUGAAGAGGGACUACCCAGACGCCCUCAUCUCAAAUUACUAUCUUUGGCCCGCAGUCCAGAUUGCCAAUUUCUACUUCAUUCCACUUCACCACAGGAUGGCUGUGGUGCAGAUAGUCGCUGUCGCCUGGAACUCCUAUCUGACCUGGAAGGUGAACAAGAUGUGAACCACAAGUCCAGCUGUCUACAUGAUGAUGAUGAUGUUACACUCAUUUGUAGUGUGUCUGUGUGCUUGUGUGUGUGUGACAUGGUCUAACUUAGUUCUGCUGAUAUUUCCAAAGUGUAAAACUGUGACUGACUCAUUAUAAAGGUCGGGAGAAAGUGCUUGUCUACUCUGAAUGACACAUUCACACUUGAAAGUCAAACGUUGCAUAAAUGUCUGUGAAAGUUUGUUAUUUAUGGCAGUGGUGUAGCCACACGUACGCACAAUAACACACACACACACAUAUUCACAGCCACUGCUUACAAAAACAGUUUUCUAACCUCUAAUUCAACAAUCGCUUGAAAUAAUGGUAAAUGUUAAUUUGUAAAUCAUUUUGUGUUGGGGUGAAGAAAAUGUUGAAAAUGAUUUAUUUUAGUUUACAUACUGUAAAUAUAAUAAAAGUUGCAAUUUUCUUCCAA